AUGGACUGGCGACUACUCGACUACGCCAAGGAAGCUGAGGAGACCGCAACGGGCCUACUCUCCUUCGAGAGUGAGAUCCCCCAAUAUCGCAAAGACGUCAGGAGCCAUAUCGCAGAGUUGUUUGCCAUAUCGCACGCUCUACUCGAGCUGAACGAGGCGCUGGAGUCGUCCCGCUAUGGCAGAUAUGCAGGCUUCAUACGAACGGACCUGGAGGUUUGCCUCCCGAGCUUAGGACACACGCUUGACGAUGUUCAAGAAAUAUUCACCAGGUCCAAGAAGAGCAGGCACGCUGCGCCCGGUGCUUUCCCCGGCACACCACCGUACGCACUCAUCUGGGAAGAUGCGCUUACGGAUUUCACGGCGGAAGGCAUGUCUUUACCCAAAAGAUUCGAGAUUGUUAGGACAUAUCUACAGUGCAUGCACGACGCUCUGAAGGGAAACGAGGAUGAGGCCGCAUUGGCUAAAUUCAAAGUCACGCUAUCCAGGCUGCUCAAGAAACAAAAGCCAACGCCGAUUGAAUCUUACUUCAUGCCAGAAAUCCCUCAGUCGCCCACGUAUUCGUCCGCAUCAUCACAGGCCUACUCGAACCAGUCGACGGAUUCAGAGCCAGUCGCUCAUUGGGCAAUGAAGAUCUUCGAUGGACGACACGGCUCUACACCAUCUCAAAGCCCCUCGGAGCCUACUGAGUGCUUCGGGAGAGAUGAACCAAGAGUGAUUGAGCUGUUAGACACCGAUGGCUUUGAAAGGAUUCUAGAACUGCCAUUCGAAGCAACUGAGGUCUGGAUAAGAAUUUACUGGAGGGCCGACGACAACCGUGCACGAAUACUCUUCCUUACUACGGAUCACAAUGGCAACCGUGUGAGGUACCAGCUCUGUCGCAUCAAUCGCCAAGAUGGUCAACUUGACCUGUGGGCUAGACUACGCUUCCCUCUAUAUGAACGUAUGGUACUUUUCUAUUGUACCGCCAUAGCUAUGAAGCGCCAGGACCACACUCCCAUUGCAGAGGGGCUCGAAGAUGUUUUCCUGCCUGGAGAAAGGAUUAUGUUUGCAGGUGAGACCGUUGACGGCAAGUAUCUCCACGUCUUCCGCGUCAAAUACGAUACGGACUCGGGCUGUGUACGGUUCGAAGCUACUGCUCGUCGCGGACCUAUGAAGGACAUACCUAUCUGGACGGCAUUUGUGACGCCAUAUGUCGGACGCGGUGACUGGAUGAAGCGCGUCGGUCCAGAAACAAUCCAGUUUGAGAAGCUGCAUCCGUAUGUCUUCAGUGAUAGCUACAGGCUACCCAAAGGCCCUACGGGCAAGUACCGGUUGAGUUUCACUUCACCAGAAGACGCGAAACAGUUCAAAGAAAACUUUUAUCGCAUGAGAGUCCGGUAG